AUGGCUGCACCAGAGUUUAUUCUGUCUAAUUUGAUGAUCAUGAUUAUAUCUUUCUUGCUUCUCCCAAAUUAUUCAGCUCCCUUAGAAUUCAACUACCCAGCACUUGAGCAACAAAACCCUAACUUAACAGCCCAAGGAAAUGUCACCUUCUUGGGUUCAGAAGAACAACUCACCAAAAACAAAAAGGACCAAAUCGGACGGCUGAGGUACUUUCAUCAGCCGAUGCGUCUUUGGGAGACCUCGUCGGGACUGCUAAUGGAAGCCGAUUUCAUUACUCAAUUCUCCUUCAUGAUCCAUUCAAACGACUGGGCGCCUGGAGAUGGAAUCGCUUUCUUCCUCGCGCAGCCUCCAUUCAGUGUACCAAAAAUAACGGAUGGAAGUUGUGCUGCGUUUGGAACAAGGAUUCGUGUUAUGAUAGCUUUGUAUGCCAAUCGAUUCGCCGCGGUUGAGUUCGACACUUUCAAGAACGAUUUUGAUCCUCGUGAUCUUCAGGAACACGUCGGUUUAAACGUCAAUUCUAUGGUUUCUAGGGCAACUGCGUCAUGGUCUGGAUAUGAUCAAGAAGGUUCUCAUAUUGAACAAACUUUGUCCCACCGAAUUAAUUUGGUUGAUCAUUUGCCAGAACGGGUUGUAUUUGGCUUCUCGGCUGCAAAUGGACUUUUUACGUCGAAAAAUGUUCUCUCUUCCAUGGUCUUUUUGGUCCGAGAUACAAAGGACUCGACAACGACGAUUUAG